AUGACGUCCACGAAACAGCCCGACCUGCCAGCGGCGAGUGGCCUCACUGGUCUCACCACCGAUCUGCCAACGCCAGGCGAAUAUCCAGACCUCGAUGCCCAGACGCAGAGGCCGGCCAUAAUCACUAUCGCGGUCGUUCUUGUGGUCUUUUCAGCAACCUUGGUCCUCCUCCGGCUACACACGCGCUACAGGCUGAUCAAAGCCGCGGGGUUGGACGACAUAUCGAUAGCAGUCGCUCAAGUAUUAUCCGUCGGCCUCUCAAUUAUCACAAUACUGCAGGCGGUAUUUGGCCUAGGAUUACACAUAUGGAUGGUGCCAAUAAGUGAUCGCACCAAACAACUACAGCUGUUGCUUGCCAACGAGAUCAUGUUCAAUGUGUCCAAGACGGUCGCCAAGAUUUCUUUACUACUUCAGUACCGUCGAAUCUUCAGAGGCACCCACACAGCCGCCCUCUGUCGUUGGCUGAUGGCCUUCGUACCAGUCUGGUGCAUCGUCUCAAUCUUCCUCGUUUCAUUUGCAUGCACGCCCAUGGCACAGCUGAACACGAACCUUGAAGAUAUAUGUCUGCCAAGCCUCACCAUCUGGCUGCUUACGACCUCAGUCAGUCUUGUCACGGACUUUGCAGUAGUCGUCCUGCCCAUACCUGCCACAUGGGCGCUUCAGCUGGAUAGGAGGCAGCGGACUGUUCUGAUUGUUUUAUUCGGUGUUGGGUUUUGCACUGGUGUCGUCGCGUUCGUACGAAUAUUUACACUCAAGACGACUCUGCUCAACCUGGACACAUCCUGGAACGAAGCUCCAAUCACAUAUCUUGGCGUCAUCGAAGUCAACGUCGCCAUCGCAUGUGCCUGUGUCAUCACAUUGCGUCCCCUACUCGCCACGUGGUUCCCUACCGUGUUCAAGAGCUCAUACGGGAACAUGGACCGCUACUUCGCGCCCGAGAACAACAACGCCUACUUCGGGACGAAGAAGUCGUCGCGGGACACCGGCUCGCAGAUCGCGCCCUCGGUCGAGAUAUACGGCCUAGCCGACCUGGAGGUGGCUCAGGUUGUUGGGAUUACAAGCAGCCAGGAGGAGCUGACGAGCCCGGCAUACUUCGAGCCCGCGCACCUCGCAAGCCACCGAAACACCCUACAGGCUGCCAACCCUCCUGCACAGCGCGCGCCUUCACGGGUCAUCACCGGCGGCCCCUCCCCAGCAGGAAAGCUGCAAAACCCCCACGACAUCAUGGUCACGACCGAGACGACGGUCAAGGUGGAGACGAUAGACGAGGGCAGCAGGCUCAGGCGGGACCACCAGAGUUGGCUCACCGAGUCGUCUCACGGGGGCGACGAGCGCUGA